CGAAUUCCAUAUAUUUUUUUAACAGUUUCGUCCACCCCCGUGAAAAUGUUUCAAUCAGUGUUGACUAGUUCACUGUCGUUUCAUGAAACUUGACUUUACGUACGUCUACAUCAUGGUUGCAAGUGUUUCACGGGGGUGUGAUACGUGUAAUAAAUGUGUUGAUUCGAGAGACUCCUGUCUAUCCGUACCAUCUUAAUGGCAGCUGAUGAUAGCUGCCGAGCAGACGAACACUUUGAAGAUUGUCAUAUAUAUAUUUCUCAUCGAGUAGAUUAGAUGAGACUCGACGAAACCAUUGGUAUUCCUAAUUUUUCCAUUACAAGUAUAUGUAUAGACGGCAUACAUUGCACUCCCGAGUUUCGGACUUUAAAAAUGAGUUUCCUACAUAAGUUAGCAACGGGUAACGACUUUUUACGAAAAUCGAGACAACUAGCAAUUCAACUGCCGCACAGGUGCAACUUUCAUGGAUGUUUUUUUUCUAUUGGAACUUUUACAAGACGGAAGUACUGUGUUACAGUACUAAGGUACGGGACGACUAAUACUCUAAAGAGAAAUUUUACGAAAACAUCAAUAAGUAGCACCUUUAAGCAACGCUCGAAAAAGUCAGAAUUCAAAAGACUCAUGCUAUUGGCAGCCCCUGAAAAAUGGAGACUUUCUGGGGCUAUAGCUUUCCUAGCUGUAUCCUCUGUCGUGACUAUGGCAGUUCCAUUUUGUCUGGGAAGAAUCAUUGAUGUUAUAUAUACAUUGGAUAAAGAACAAAUGCAAAAAAACUUGAAUAAGUUAUGCAUUGUUUUUAUUGCUAUAUUCCUCCUUGGGGGUGUAUGCAACUUUGGUCGUAUUUACUUCAUGUCCACAUCGGCAUACAGGAUUACACAAUCGUUGAGAAGGGAAGUAUAUGCUGCAAUACUAAGUCAAGAAACAGCAAUGUUUGAUAAAAAAAGUACAGGAGAGCUUGUGGGAAGACUGACUGGAGAUGCUCAGCUUGUAAGUUCAGCUGUCACAAGUAAUAUAUCUGAUGGAUUACGUUCUGCCAUCAUGACAGGAGCUGGGAUUUUCAUGAUGUUUUAUGUAUCACCACAAUUGGCAUUAGUAGGUCUAUCAAUAGUACCGCCAGUUGCUGGAAUAGCUAUUCUUUAUGGUCGUCUUGUAAAAAAGAUAUCAAAGAAUGUUCAGGAUAGUCAAGCAGAGCUAAACGCCAUUGCUGAGGAGAGAAUCAGUAACAUACGAACUGUAAAAGCCUUUGGACAAGAAGAAAGGGAAGUCAAAGUAUAUAGCAAAAAAUUAGAAGGAUUAUUAGCAGUAUGCUAUAAAGAAAGUUUAUAUCGAGCUCUCUUUUUUGGAUUUACCGGUCUUUCAGGAAAUGCCAUUAUACUCUCAGUUCUAUACUAUGGUGGUGUGAUGGUUUCAGAUGCUGCCUUAAGUGUCGGUAACCUCAGUUCAUUUUUACUUUAUGCUGCUUACGUGGGUAUAUCAUUAAAUGGUUUAUCAAGUUUUUAUUCAGAAUUCAACAAAGCUCUUGGUGCGAGUACAAGACUUUUUGAGUUAAUAGAUCGUCACCCGAAAAUUUCCAUAAAGGGUGGACAAAUACUCCAAAGAGAGCUUACCGGGGAAAUUGUCUUUCGGAACAUUGACUUCUCGUAUCCAACGAGGGAAGAGACAUGGGUUCUAAGAAACUUUAAUUUACAUAUUUCAAAAUGUUCGACUACUGCCGUUGUGGGACCAUCAGGAUCUGGGAAAUCGACGAUCGCCCAUUUACUCCUAAGGCUCUACGAUCCGAACGAAGGAUCAAUUUUAUUGGAUGAUCACGAUUUAAAAACACUUGAUCCCGCAUGGGUCAAAUUACAAAUAGGCAUUGUCUCGCAGGAGCCCACAUUAUUCUCUGGUUCGAUACGAGAAAAUAUAUGUUAUGGAACAGAAAACGUUACGGAAGCAGAGAUCGAGUGUGCUGCAAAAGAAGCAAAUGUUUUGAAAUUUACAGAACACAUGAGAGCCGGCCUCGAUACAAUUGUAGGUGAACGAGGAAUAACGUUGAGCGGUGGUCAAAGGCAGAGGGUAGCCAUUGCACGAGCGCUGAUAAAAAAGCCGAAAAUCCUGAUAUUGGACGAAGCAACGAGUGCUCUGGACGCCGAGAAUGAGAGUCUCGUACAGGAAGCUUUAGAGAGAGCCACCCACGGUAAGACCGUAUUGACUAUUGCUCAUAGACUGAGCACGAUAAGGAACGCAGAUAAAAUCGCUGUACUGGAGUGUGGUCAAAUUGUUGAAACGGGAACGUACGACGAGCUUAUGGCACGGGAAGACGGUGUUUUUCGAAAGCUAGUCAAACACCAAACGUUCGCUUAAAUACAGUGCAUUGAUCACAGAGAUAAUUAUAAGUCAUUAAUUAAAGAUUUGCUGCAGGUUGAGGAGAUGUGUUACGCUAAAAUAAAUAUUUAUAGUGACAGAUCAUAUAA